UGCAGCUGGAUACUAUUGCCUAUGGGUGAGUUUUCUCUGAGAGUGAGCACACGCUGAGCUCUUCUACUAACCAGAGCCGCUAGCAGUGAGUGUGAAUUUGAGUGAAAGCUUGGUUUCUUCAUCUUGUCCUUUAAUUAUACGCUAUCGCUGAGGAACAUGUCUAUCCUAAAGAUACAUGCCCGUGAGAUUUUUGAUUCUAGGGGCAACCCCACUGUAGAGGUGGACCUUUACACAGAGAAAGGUCUGUUUCGAGCUGCUGUCCCUAGUGGAGCGUCUACUGGAAUCUAUGAAGCAUUGGAGCUGAGAGACAAUGACAAGUCACGUUACCUGGGCAAAGGUGUAUCAAAGGCUGUUGAGCAUGUGAACCAAACUAUUGCACCUGCCCUGAUCAGCCAGGGAAUUCCUGCAGUUGAGCAAGAAAAGAUUGACCAGUUCAUGCUGGAACUGGAUGGAACUGAUAACAAGUCUAAAUUUGGUGCCAAUGCCAUCCUGGGUGUGUCCCUGGCUGUGUGUAAGGCAGGAUCCGCAGAGAAAGGUGUUCCUCUGUAUCGUCACAUUGCUGACCUUGCUGGAAACCCUGAGGUCAUCCUGCCUGUGCCAGCCUUUAAUGUGAUCAAUGGUGGCUCACAUGCUGGCAAUAAGUUGGCCAUGCAGGAAUUCAUGAUUCUGCCUGUCGGGGCCAGAAGCUUUAAGGAAGCCAUGCGCAUUGGUGCAGAGGUGUACCAUAAUUUGAAGAAUGUUAUUAAGGAGAAAUAUGGCAAGGAUGCCACCAACGUUGGGGAUGAGGGAGGAUUUGCACCAAACAUCCUGGAGAACCAAGAAGCCCUAGAGCUGCUAAAGAGUGCCAUCAGUAAAGCUGGAUACACAGAUGAGAUUGUGAUUGGCAUGGAUGUGGCAGCAUCCGAAUUCUAUCGUGACGGAAAUUACGACUUGGACUUCAAGUCUCCUGAUGACCCGGAUCGAUACAUCAGCCCUGAUGAGCUUGCUGACCUUUACAAAAGUUUUAUUCAGGAUUAUCCAGUGGUCUCCAUUGAGGACCCUUUUGAUCAAGAUGAUUGGGAGGCCUGGACCAAUUUUACCAACAGCACGGACAUACAGGUGGUGGGAGAUGAUCUUACUGUCACCAACCCUAUAUGCACACUCUAUAAUGGAUUAAAGUGGUUGAAUAAGUGUAAGAUGGCUCAGUCCAAUGGCUGGGGUGUGAUGGUGAGUCAUCGCUCUGGGGAAACAGAGGACACGUUCAUCGCUGACCUGGUUGUGGGACUUUGCACUGGACAGAUUAAAACAGGAGCCCCAUGCCGUUCAGAGCGUCUGGCCAAAUACAACCAGAUCCUCAGAAUUGAAGAGGAACUGGGGGAUAAAGCUCAGUUUGCUGGGAAGAACUUCAGAAAUCCACUGAACUGAGACCACAGUAGUACAAUUAGAACUACUUGCCCUUCUAUAGUAAACGUACUAAUAGUUCAGUUUGAGAUGUGGCAAUACAACAGAAAGCAGUAUGUGUUAUAACUAAAGAUUGAGUGGUUCCAGGGACCGUAUCAUCAAGGAAACAGAAACAAGCAUCAUAAACUUUGCGAUGGUGUCCAUUUGGAUGAGUGUUACGUGUACUUGUGUGAUGAUGAUUGUAUUGCAAAAAAGAGCAAACAGUAUUUUCCUGUAAAUGCUGCAUAGCAGAUUCCUGAGGUCUGUGCUUGUGAUAGUGGAUACUGUUCAAAUAAAAACAUUACCUCAACUAA